UCAGCCUUCACUCCCGACCUUCCUAUUCUCAGUGCACUUCCACAACUUCGACUUCAACAUCUCUUUCCUUCUUCACCUUCGGCAUCGCCCAUUGCUAUAACCUCACUUGCAAACCUCUACAUCGAGCAGUUGGAUCAGGAAAAUUAUCUUGCACCGAUACCAAAGGAGAAUGCGCGGCCUGUCUGGGAUCAUCUCAAUUGCCUUAGUCUCUAUCUCUGCGACGGAUGCGUCGCCUGAGGCCCCUUCUGUCGAUGUGCACAACAUCGAACAGUUGACGGAGGCAGCGUGUGCGGCGAUGGGAAAUUUGAUGUCCUACUUCACCCCUAAUCCUAGGGGAACUUUCAACGAGACUGACACUCCAUGGCACGAAUCAGGCAUGAUCUGGGGCUUGAAUUUCGACUACGCCAGGUGGACUGGUGAUACGAGAUACUUGGACAUCGUGACCCAAGCCUUGGUCCAUCAAUCGAAUGAUGAACUCCAUGAUUUUCUCUCCCCUGGCGUCAAGGAGCAGUGGAACGAUGAUAUUCUGUGGCCCGCCCAGGCAGUCGUCGCUGCUGCUGAAUUAUAUGGCCCGAGCUCCACGCUUCCAAACAGCACCGAAACUUGGAUAAACCUAGCCAACAAGACCUAUCAAGAAGCCGCUUCGCAGACGGAUGACAAGUGCGGAGGCGGGAUUUACUGGUACCGAGACAGAUCAGCCCCCCGAGGAUCGUACAAAGCCUUGAUCACUCACUCAGAGUUCAUCUCGCAAGGGGCUCGGAACUAUAUGAUCACCAAAGAUCCUGAAACCCUGGAGAUGGCAAAAAGCAUCCUCGAAUGGGUGAUCUCCUCAGGGAUUGCGAAUCCUAAGACUGGAUUGUUGAUGGAUGGACUCUCGAUAAAUAAUUGUACGGAUUUCACCACGUUCCAAUGGAGCUACAACUACGGACAGUGGCUAGGCUCACUGGCUUGGAUGCAUAAAGCAACGGGAGAUCAAAAAUACCUCGACAUGGCCACCCCAUAUUUCGAUUACUCUCAGCGAACCUUUGCCGCUUCCAAUACCUCGGGCAUCAUCUCAGAACUCUGUGAGCCUGAUGGAUCGUGCAACCGUGACCAGAAGGGCUUCAAGGCGAUCUACGCACGAAAUCUUGCGUACCUCCAUCGGGAGACUAACAAUAGCACGAUGAAACGGGCUAUCGAGAAAGUCAUCCAUACGUCCGUUCAAGCCAUGGCCGCCCACUCGUGUGAUAAGGAUUGGAACUGCGCAGGCAUUUGGACAACUGAUGCCCAUCCCAUCAAAUACGUACGCGCGCAACAUGUCAGCGCGGCUUUGUUGGUAGCAGCUGUAGGUAUUCACGGAGAUGGCGGCCUGGACGCAAGUACAUGCGAUUAAAAUGCUCACAUCAAGCCUAUCUAGUAACAUCUCCAAUUCCUCAACUGAUGGCAAUCUGCCAUUUGUAGUCCUCAUCCAUCUCCUCCAC